AUGGAGAACACACCCAUGCGCCACACCUUCACGCUAGUCACAUUCACCCCAAACUUCGUGCUCGCAUUCGGUGUGCAUUCGGUGUGCAUUCGGGUGUGCAUUCGGUGUGCAUUCGGUGUGCAUUCGGUGUGCAUUCGGUGUGCAUUCGGUGUGCAUUCGGUGUGCAUUCGGUGUGCAUUCGGUGUGCAUUCGGUGUGCAUUCGGUGUGCAUUCGGUGUGCAUUCGGUGUGCAUUCGGUGUGCAUUCGGUGUGCAUUCGGUGUGCAUUCGGUGUGCAUUCGGUGUGCAUUCGGUGUGCAUUCGGUGUGCAUUCGGUGUGCAUUCGGUGUGCAUUCGGUGUGCAUUCGGUGUGCAUUCGGUGUGCAUUCGGUGUGCAUUCGGUGUGCAUUCGGUGUGCAUUCGGUGUGCAUUCGGUGUGCAUUCGGUGUGCAUUCGGUGUGCAUUCGGUGUGCAUUCGGUGUGCAUUCGGUGUGCAUUCGGUGUGCAUUCAGUGUGA